CGCUUUGGGACUCUCCUCCCAGCAGAUAGACAUAUUCACGUAAAUGCUGUGUCUGUCCUGGGAGAAGGAGCUCUGGUCCUGAUUCUCCCCAGAUAAUCUGGGCUUUUUGAUCAAGGUCCCAGCUGAUACAUGCACAUACAUGGCACCCAAAUCUGUACCUUGGGCUCCAGCCUCUCUUGAACUUCAAAUCCUUAAUUUCAGGCUUUAGCAGGUAUCUCCACUCACAUGUCCCUCAGGCUCCAGUCGCCCUGUGUUUCCCAUCUCAAGGAUGUUACUAACAACAACAUCUAAGUGAUCAUUCUGUGUCUUACCCACCUUUGAUUUUCCAACACGUCCUUCUGAGGCCUAGCAUGUAGUUGGUAUCCAGCUGAAAUCAUUCAUUGAUGCCUUCAAAAAAUAUGAAAGCUUGCUCUGGGCCAGGAACUAACUGUUCCUUAGAUUGGUUACACUUCGGCAAAUAAAUCAAGACAUUAUUGCUGCCUUGCGGAGUUAACAGUGUUCCCCACCUGGUUUUAUAGGUUAAAAAAACUGGACAGCUCUCUAAGCCAUCACCAGGUUCUACUGACUGCCCUUUGGAGCCAUCUUUGACUGUCUUCCACUGUGAAGUCUUUUCACAUAAUUACAUUAAUUCAGUUAAAAUGAGUUGCUGGAAGACUGUUAAUCAUAAUAUGCAGCCUUUGUAACUUUUCAGCUAGUUAUGUUUCAUAAAGCAGUCUCAGUCCAAGCUAAGUCAACAUCAGUUUCUUCAGGUUGGCUCAGAGAGGACAGGACUAAAUUACAAAUCAUGCAUAACCACCCUGAAGCCAUACAAUUAUUAAUUUUUUUAGAGGAAGUGGGGGGAAGAGAGAAGUGUGAGGAAGCCAGCCAACCGUGGUAUAUGACUAGAUGGAUUCAGGGGAGGGCUCAUCUGAUUUUCAUUUUAGAUAGUUACCUUGGUAACAGUCAGAGUGCUUGGCCUGUGUCUCUUCUGUGUGUGGGGGCUUGUUAGAUUUAUGAAAUAGCUCUGCUUAUAUACCUGCACUGAUUGAUGAAUAAGACCUGAGGUUAAAAACAGAAUGAGGUUCACUUGUAUAUAAUGUUAUAGCAAAAAUGAAAACAUUAACGAUAAAAUCACUGGUUAUCCAGGGUUUUGAGAAAUGAACGGGGUUGAGAUUUUCCUUCCUUCCACAAAAAGCAUUGUCAGGCUUAGUUCUCUGAAAAGUUGAAGUAGGGUACUGUGUACCUGUUUUGCUUUUAUCGAAAUUAAAAGUAAUGCUGUGUGGUUUAUCGGUAACUAGUUUGAAACAUCAUCUCCAGAUCUCAUCUUUUUCCUCUCAGUGCAGACAUGUGGAAUCGGACUGCAGGUGGCCUAAGUCACUUUUAAUGCUCAUUGUGGCUAAUAAGGGGCUCUUUUGAGUAGGGUAUCUUCUGUACAAGCAUUUUAUUCAGCCACCCAUGGGAAACUGUCACAACAGCUGCAAUGCAGAAGUACCCAAACCCUAUGAACCCGAACGUGGUUGGAGUUGAUGUAUUGGACAGACAUAUAGAUCCCUCUGGAAAGUUGCACAGCCACAGACUUCUCAGCACAGAGUGGGGACUGCCUUCCAUCGUGAAGUCUCUUAUUGGCGCAGCAAGAACCAAAACGUACGUGCAGGAGCAUUCUGUGGUGGAUCCUGUAGAGAAAACAAUGGAACUGAAAUCUACUAAUAUUUCGUUUACAAAUAUGGUUUCAGUAGAUGAGAGACUUAUAUACAAACCACAUCCUCAAGACCCAGAAAAAACUGUUUUGACGCAAGAAGCCAUAAUCACUGUGAAAGGGGUCAGUCUUGGGAGUUACCUUGAAGGACUGAUGGCAAGUACAAUAUCUUCAAAUGCGAAUAAAGGUCGAGAAGCAAUGGAAUGGGUAAUACAUAAACUAAAUGCUGAAAUUGAAGAAUUGACGGCUUCAGCGAGAGGGAGCAUAAGGACACCAAUGGCUGCGGCGGCACUUGUAGAGAAAUGAUCAUGAAGGUUGAUGCACAGCGCCCGGCUCCCCAGGUCCCUGCAAGCUGGCAGUGUAUUUAUUUGUUAUUUAAAAAAUACAACCAUAUUUUAGGUAGAUUUUUUUUUAAUAAGCCAAAGAAAGGCUAUGUGACUUGAUCAAAACAAAGAGGUGCAGGGUUUCUAAAUAAAACGGAUCAUCUGAAAUUAGUUUUGUUUGAAAUGACUGUCUCUAAUUUUGAGGAUUCCAGGGUUUAUGUGAAAAUUUAACAAUUUUUGAAAAGUACUUGAAAAUUGGUAUUGGCUUAUUAAAUCUCCUUCAGGUAGAAUCUUUAAGCUUUUCACAUAUUGGAAGUCUACCUGGCUUUGGACCAACCCCAGAACAAAGCAGAGCCACCUCUUACAUACACACAAUUGCUCUGAUGCAGUAAACUUCAAGAACUUUCAUGAGGGAACUCACUUUAAAGUUUAGAGAAGUUGUUUAAUUUUCAGAAGACGUAUAAAUAAUUUGCUCUGCUAUAAACUACCAUUAAAAUUCAGUGUUUUAAUUUGGUACUCAACAGUCUUGGAGUAAAAAUUAUCACAAAAGUAAUAAAUGACUCCAACAAAAAUGCCACUUGAAUUGUGUUGAAGAGUACUGUAUUGACUUGCCAAAGUCUUGUAACUUAGUAAGGGUAUCACCUUCCUUGGCUUUGUACUUUGUGACUUAGUAUGCUGUGUUGUGGGCUGGUUGUUAACUAAAAAAAUAAAGUCAUUACCAGAAUUUUGCAGCACUAAGCAGAAGAACAGCUGUUCACAUCUUUUAGCGUUUCACAUUUGCCUAACUUAUAAAUUGCCAUGUGUCAAAAUCAUGGCUCUGUAAUUGCUAAAGCAUGAUAUGUCAGGUUACUUGAAUAUAAUUACUUUUGAAGUAAUUGUGACCAUGAAACAGCUUUUUUUACGUGAAGAGCUGUACAUCAUUUGAAACUACUCAAAUGAUAUCUUGAUCUGAAGCAUAAAUCCCAGGUACUUAAUGUUUUUAAUAAGACUGUGUUGUUGCCAGGGGUGGGACGGUGGAGAAGAAAUAAUAGGGAGAAAAAAGCAUUGACCUAAACUAACUGCAGCUUUUAUUUAUGGGAAAUCCUUGCUUUAGAUGCCAGAGGGCAGCUGCAGUCUGAAAAACAACACAGUAAAUGUAUUUUGUUUUGUAUUUUGUAGCAGGUAAUAAAUUAUCAACCACUAAAUAAGAAUAUCUUUGAUACUUGGAAUUGUUGCAGAGUAUUUUUGUUAGAAGGUGGUCAGCUCUUGCCUUUAUUUUACAAUGCUUAAUGUGAUAAACUAGUGUCCGGAUUCCUGUAGAAGAAACCAGUUAAAAUAUGUAUAUAAACCACAAAAAUAGUAUUCCAAACUAUUUUUAAUUACUGGUUUUCUACUUAAAAUAUUGUUUAGCUUAUAAAUUCUUAAGACAUUUAUAAAAGCAGAUUAAAGCCAAUAAGGUUUUUGAUUUUUUUUUUGUAACUAGAGAUGGUUUUUACAAUUAAAAUUUCAGCUAAGCAAAACAUUGCUAAAUACUGAUAUUUGAUAAGUUGCCUUGUAUAAUUUCUGAAAAUUAUACUUGUUCUGAAAGGGGUAACACCCUAACGAUAAAAGGAUUUCUAAACAAAAUUUUAUCCUGUUUAUUUUUUUUUUACUCUGAUCCAAUGAUAAAAUUCUAUAAAUUUUUAUUUUCCAGCAGUUUCUUCUUUUAGUUAAGUAGCUGGUAGUCUGUGGCUUAUACCUGUUUAACUACAAGUAACAUAGAAAGCAUUUGCGAUGACUGACCUGGAACAAAGUGCUCAUGGAUUAGAAUUAGACUCGGACUAUGGAACAUAUUUUCCUAUUUUAUUAAAGAUGGAUCUUAUAUGAAUUAAGAAAAACUUUUAUUGUUAAUAAAAACUUCCUUUUAACUAC